CGCCUCCCUCUGAAUCCUACGUCAGCGCUGGUUUGUUUAUGGGAAAACGACCUGGUGGUUUUCUGCAAAUUUCUUCAACAUUAUUGUGUAAUUAUUGAAAUGGUUAACAGAUGUAUCAUAGGAGGAUGUAGCAACACCAAUCAUGAUGGGAUUAGUACUCAUCGUUUUCUAAAAGACCAGACAAUGAGAGAGAAAUGGGAACGCUUCGUGCGAGGCACCCGGAAAAAGCUGAGAAUCAAAGCAGAGUCGGGAAAAAGACCAAGAAAAUCGGCAAUUCACAAGUUGACUGUUGCCAGGCUGUGUGAGGACAUGAAAACAGAGACAUCCAUGGAUGGAGAGACCUCAGAAGCCUGUGUGAAGAAAGAGGAGACCCUGGAGCUGAAUAUCUACAACUAUGGAGACGAUCUCGACAACCCACCUGAAGGUGUCUCCGUUAAAGUGGAAGAUCCUGACAAUAAAGACUAUCUCUACUGUGAAGUUUGCAAAUCCUUCUUCCUCAACAAAUGCGAGGUUCAUGGACCACCCCUCUUCAUCCCCGAUACUCCUGUUCCCAUGGGAGUCCCUGACCGAGCCAGACAGACACUUCCUCUUGGGCUAGAAAUCCAGAAGUCCAGUAUUCCUGAUGCAGGCCUGGGAGUGUUUAAUAAGGGGGAGACUGUUCCAGUAGGUGCACACUUCGGCCCCUGCCAGGGAGAGCUGGUGAACCGAGAGGAAGCCAAGAACAGUGGAGAUUCCUCGGUUGUAUACAGGAGCAUGCAGUGUGAAGAAUACAUCGAUGCCAAAAGAGAGACGCAUGUGAAUUGGAUGAGGUAUGUGAAUUGUGCCCGUAAUGAAGAAGAACAGAAUCUUGUGGCAUUUGAGUAUCAAGGGGGAAUUCUGUAUCGUUGCUGUCGAUCGAUUAACCCAGGACAGGAGCUCUUGGUGUGGUAUGAAGAGGAGUACACCAAAGAACUCAGUCCUGCACCUACAGGAACAACCACACAGCAAGAAGUAAAGAACACUCUGCUGCAAGUCUUUUCAUGCUCCACAUGCCCUCGUUCCGAUGCAUCUCCAAUUUACCUCGACAAGCAUAUCCAGAGAUGCCACUAUGAAGAGUACGUGAGAUUGCGAGAAUCAGGAGAGAUUAAAUAUAAGCUUCAGAUCCCCUCCAAAUGCUGCAGUUGUCAACCAACAUCAACUGAUAUUAUCCAUUCUGAUACUUCCCAUAAUGAUGUACAGAAGGAACUUCACCACUGCUCAGAUUGUGGAAAGAGUUUUAGUCAUCAGAAUGCAUUCAAGACACACCAGCGCAUUCACACAGGAGGAGAUCCACAUCACUGCUCACAGUGUGGUAGGAAUUUUACUUACCAGAGUGCUCUCCAACAACACCAGCGCAUUCACACAGAAGAGAAGCCGUAUCACUGCUCACAGUGUGGGAAGAAUUUUACUCAGCAGAGUAAUCUCCAAACACACCAACGCAUUCACACAGGAGAGAAGCCGCAUCACUGCUCACAGUGUGGGAAGAGUUUUACUCGUCAGAGUCAUCUCCAACGACACCAGCGCAUUCACACAGGAGAGAAGCCGCAUCACUGCUCACAAUGUGGAAAGAGUUUUACGAGUCAGAGUCAUCUCCAACUACACCAGCGCAUUCACACAGGAGAGAAGCCGUAUCACUGCUCACAGUGUGGGAAGAGUUUUACUCAUCAGAGUGCUCUCCAAACACACCAGCACAUUCACACAGGAGAGAAGCCGUAUCACUGCUCACAGUGUGGGAAGAGUUUUACUAGUCAGAGUCAUCUCCAAACACACCAGCGCAUUCACACAGGAGAGAAGCCGUAUCACUGCUCACUGUGUGGGAAGAGUUUUACUCAGCAGUGUGCUCUCCAAACACACCAGCGCAUUCACACAGGAGAGAAGCCGUAUCACUGCUCACAGUGUGGGAAGAGUUUUACUCAGCAGCGUGAUCUCCAAACACACCAGCGCAUUCACACAGGAGAGAAGCCGUAUCACUGCUCACAGUGUGGGAAGAGUUUUACUCACCAGAGUAAUCUCCAAACACACCAGCGCAUUCACACAGGAGUGAAGCCGUAUCACUGCUCACAGUGUGAGAAGAGUUUUACUCGUCAGAGUCAUCUCCAACGACACCAGCGCAUUCACACAGGAGAGAAGCCGUAUCACUGCUCACAGUGUGGGAAGAGUUUUACUCGUCAGAGUCAUCUCCAACGACACCAGCGCAUUCACACAGGAGAGAAGCCGUAUCACUGCUCACAGUGUGGGAAGAGUUUUACUCGUCAGAGUAAUCUCCAAACACACCAGCGCAUUCACACAGGAGAGAAGCCGUAUCACUGCUCACAGUGUGGGAAGAGUUUUACUCGUCAGUGUGAUCUCCAAGCACACCAGCGCAUUCACACAGGAUAGAAGCCGUAUCACUGCUCAGUGUGGGAAGAGUUUUACUCGUCAGUGUGAUCUCCAAACACACCAGCGCAUUCACACAGGAUAGAAGCCGCAUCACUGCUCACAGUGUGGAAAGAUGUUUGCUUGUUUAGUUACAUUUAAGACCUUCAAGUGCACCAAGUCAGAGACACUGCAUGAUUUAAAGUUGUCAAAUUAAAUAUGGUUAUUACAGUUUUGACUGAAAAUGACCUGUACUUUGAACUUUAUUGUUCAUGUUACACUGGUCAACAAUUUUUCAGAAGUUGUCUGCUUCAGAGAUGAAAUUGGCUAUUAUGAAAUUUGGUGUGUUGAAUUAGAAGUGACAGUAAAUCAGCUGAUUGGCUAUGGCUUCCAAGAUAUUUAAGAUUUUAAAUUUUAUACUUGUGUACAUUGUAUAGAUCGUAAUGUUUUAAAUAUAAAUUGUAAAACUAGGUCUCUUCAUGUGUUUAUGGUCGGUUUACAUGAUAUUUCACCUGAUCUCUUUAUGUAACACUAGAAAAUCAGCAAAAAGUUUAUAUAAAUAAAAUGUAUUAUGAACCAAAUUGCAAAAACCAAUUAUGUAUAAGUACUGAAUAGGUUUAGUCCUUAUUCUCUGUGUACGCAAUGGGUUUUUAUUUAUUUUUUGGCAGCUUGUCUCUUGUAUGUAUGAAACGGAGCAUCUCUUGUCAAGCAAAGACUUGAUCUCGAGUGCAUAGCACUGUAUGAUUUUUUUUUUUUGAGCUGAUAUAAGACCGUUUGUUCAGCAGUGAUGUCAGUUGACUUAUGAAUGCAUCAUCAGUGACUUCCAGGAAUAACCUAAUGUCAUGUAUGAUGCAAUACCGGCUUCAGAUUGCAUCAUUCAUUGUUUUGCCAAAAAAGUUGGGACAAAGUACAAAUUGUAAAUAAAAUCAGAAUGCAAUAAUUUACAAAUCUCAAAAAUUGAUAUUGUAUUCACAAUAGAACAUAGACAACAUAUCCAAUGUCGAAAGUGAGACAUUUUGAAAUUUCAUGCCAAAUAUUGGCUCAUUUGAAAAUUCAUGACAGCAACACAUCUCAGAAAAGUUGGGACAGGGGCAAUAAGAGGCU